CAAUCAUGUCGAAGGGCCCAGCAGUUGGUAUCGAUCUUGGGACCACCUACUCCUGUGUUGGUGUGUUCCAGCAUGGCAAAGUUGAAAUCAUCGCCAAUGACCAGGGCAACAGGACCACACCCAGCUAUGUGGCCUUCACAGACAGUGAGAGGCUGAUCGGAGAUGCAGCUAAGAAUCAGGUUGCCAUGAACCCCACCAACACAGUCUUUGAUGCUAAACGUUUGAUUGGUAGACGAUUUGAGGACCCAGUAGUUCAGUCUGACAUGAAGCACUGGCCAUUCAAUAUAAUCAGUGAUAGUGGACGCCCUAAAGUGGAGGUUGAAUACAAAGGUGAAACCAAAACCUUCUACCCAGAAGAGAUCUCUUCCAUGGUGCUGACCAAGAUGAAGGAGAUUGCUGAAGCCUACCUUGGGAAGUCUGUGUCAAAUGCUGUUAUCACAGUACCUGCAUACUUCAAUGACUCCCAACGUCAAGCAACCAAGGAUGCUGGAACUAUAUCUGGUCUAAAUGUGUUGAGAAUCAUUAAUGAGCCCACUGCAGCAGCUAUCGCUUAUGGCUUGGACAAGAAGGUUGGGUCUGAAAGGAACGUUCUCAUCUUUGAUCUUGGUGGCGGCACCUUCGACGUUUCCAUCUUGACCAUCGAGGAUGGUAUCUUUGAGGUCAAGUCCACUGCUGGAGAUACUCAUCUUGGCGGAGAAGAUUUCGACAACCGCAUGGUCAACCACUUCAUCGCAGAGUUCAAGCGCAAGUACAAGAAGGACAUCAGCGACAACAAGAGAGCUGUCCGUCGCUUGCGCACCGCUUGUGAGAGGGCGAAGCGCACCCUGUCUUCCAGCACCCAGGCGAGCAUUGAAAUCGACUCUCUGUACGAGGGAGUUGACUUCUACACCUCAAUCACCAGGGCUCGCUUUGAGGAGCUCAACGCCGACCUCUUCCGUGGCACCUUGGACCCCGUGGAGAAGUCACUCCGUGACGCCAAGAUGGAUAAAGGACAGAUUCAUGACAUCGUGUUGGUCGGUGGCUCCACCCGUAUCCCCAAGAUCCAGAAGCUGCUCCAGGAUUUCUUCAAUGGAAAGGAGCUCAACAAGAGCAUCAAUCCGGAUGAAGCUGUGGCCUAUGGAGCUGCUGUCCAGGCUGCCAUCCUGUGCGGUGACAAGUCUGAGAAUGUACAGGACUUGCUCCUUCUGGAUGUCACCCCUCUGUCCCUUGGUAUUGAGACCGCUGGAGGUGUCAUGACUGCCCUGAUCAAACGUAACACCACUAUUCCUACCAAGCAGACCCAGACCUUCACCACCUACUCUGACAACCAGCCUGGUGUGCUCAUCCAGGUUUAUGAGGGUGAACGUGCCAUGACUAGGGACAACAACCUACUGGGCAAGUUUGAGCUGACGGGCAUCCCUCCUGCUCCUCGUGGCGUUCCCCAGAUCGAGGUGACCUUUGAUAUUGAUGCCAACGGCAUCAUGAAUGUCUCUGCUGUAGACAAGAGCACUGGCAAGGAGAACAAGAUCACCAUCACUAAUGACAAGGGUCGCCUCAGCAAGGAGGACAUCGAACGCAUGGUCCAGGAAGCUGAGAAGUACAAGGCUGAAGACGACGUCCAACGUGACAAGGUGUCGGCCAAGAACGGCCUGGAGUCAUAUGCUUUCAACAUGAAGUCGACUGUGGAGGACGAAAAGCUUGCUGGCAAGAUCAGUGAUGACGACAAGCAGAAGAUUUUGGACAAGUGCAACGAGGUCAUCAGCUGGCUAGACAAGAACCAGGUGAGAAUUGGUGUUGAUUAAUUAAAGCAACAUAAG